AUGAAGAAAUAUCACAAGAACUAUCGCUCUUCCGCUCGCACGAAAUGUACAUUUGUCGGCGCCUUUGAAGAUGGGAGCUUUAAUCACAUCACCGAGCUGGCCGCCCCUCGCGCUUGGGAUCUCUUGGCACACUUAGUUGUACUCAAUACGAUUUGGUAUCUUUUCUGGGAAUGCGGAGCAGGUCAUCCUCGGUUGCUCGAUGACCCCCAAGAUCGCACGCCAUCUGCGCGCCUCGUCAUCGGUAUUCGUCCUAAGAUCCCGCCGGCUCCAAAGCUCAUGUCGCUCCCGUGCGCCGACCACAGAGACGAGGGCAUCUUCCAUACCCAAGGAAUCGGUACAUCACCAUCACUGGCCGCAGAAGUCGAAGUUGUUUGGGUAAAGAAUGGUUCCAUUGGGCUGGUCGAGAAAAAUUACGUCUCAUUACUGGGUGCUGGGGUCGUGAAAAGACCUCGCUAUCUCGAGAGUCGACACCAGAAGGCUUUACGUUAUCAGCAAUUUUCGGGUCUUAUCCUUGACGAGCUCGCCCUCGGUGCCGCCUCUAUGGACCCCCGCAUUGCCCAGUCGCGAACGAUCUCGAGGGUGCUCGAGUAUUGGAUCGAGGCAUGUACUGGAAGGACGUCGCGUCGCAUCAUACAUCAUGGGUUUGAUGAAAGAGCUUCACAUUCACCUGAAAUCGAGCUCCACCAGUCAGGAACUCGCAUUUCACUGGAGAAGAUUGGCUCACUCCGAUCCUUCGAAAUUCUAUCUCCGCGACCCCAUGGCAAGAUGCUGGACAUUCUUCUACCAGAUGCGUAUCCCAAACUUGGCUUGAAAAUCGUUUAG